AUGGGUUAUGGGGAUGGAGAAGAGUUGAUGGUGAUAGGAGCCAUGGGUUAUGGAGAUGGAGAAGUGUUGACGGUGAUAGGAGCCAUGGGUUAUGGGGAUGGAGAAGAGUUGAUGGUGAUAGGAGCCAUGGGUUUUGGGGAUGGAGAAGAGUUGAUGGUAAUAGGAGCCAUGGGUUAUGGAGAUCGAGAAGAGUUGAUGGUGAUAGGAGCCAUGGGUUAUGGGGAUGGAGAAGAGUUGAUGGCGAUGGGAGCCAUGGGUUAUGGGGAUGGAGAAGGGAUGAUGGUGAUAGGAGCCAUGGGUUAUGGGGAUGGAGAAGAGUUGAUGGUGAUAGGAGCCAUGGGUUAUGGGGAUGGAGAAGGGAUGAUGGUUGUAGGAACCAUGGUUUACGGUGGUGGAGAAGAGUUGAUGGUGAUAGGAGCCAUGGGUUAUGGGGAUGGAGAAGAGUUGAUGGUGAUAGGAGCCAUGGGUUAUGGAGAUGGAGAAGUGUUGACGGUGAUAGGAGCCAUGGGUUAUGGGGAUGGAGAAGAGUUGAUGGUGAUAGGAGCAAUGGGUUAUGGGGAUGGAGAAGUGUUGACGGUGAUAGGAGGCAUGGGUUAUGGGGAUGGAGAAGGGAUGAUGGUGAUAGGAGCCAUGGGUUAUGGGGAUGGAGAAGAGUUGAUGGUGAUAGGAGCCAUGGGUUAUGGGGAUGGAGAAGGGAUGAUGGUGAUAGGAGCCAUGGGGAUGGAGAAGAGUUGA